AUGGGAUAUAUUAAUAUUAUAUUAAUUUCGUUUGCGAUUCUUUACAUGCUAGCGUCUACUGCUAUGUCACAAACAUUUCCUAAAGAUUGGCCAAUGAAUCCUGCUCCUCCAGAACCACUAGGACUUGACGGGAAUUGGCCACAGGCGGAUGUUGGUCCACCACCAACACCAAAUUUUACAAAGCUUAUAGAUUUAAGUAAAGUUGCAAACGCACCAGUUAAUCCAUCACCAGUUGCUUGUGGAACUAAUCUUCCUAAUGAUCCUUUUUGCAAUUGGAGUUGUACUGGUUGUACUCGAGCUACGGAUGUCGUUAAGUGUCCUAAUGAUUUAGAUUGGGGUCUCAGUUUUGAUGAUGGCCCAACUGUAUUUACAAAUACACUCCUCGAUUAUUUAGAAUCACAAAAUGUAAGAGUUACCUUUUUCGUUAUUGGUUCUCGCGUAAUUCAAAAUCCUUCCAUCUUACAGAAGGCUUUUAAAGCUGGGCAUCAAAUUGGUGUACACACUUGGUCACAUCCUCUACUUACUUCACAAUCCAACGAACAAAUAAUUGCUGAACUUUCAUGGACUAAAUUAGCAAUUCAAACAGCUAUUAAUGUCACUCCUAUUUAUAUGCGACCUCCAUUCGGUGAUUAUGAUGAUCGAGUUCGUGGUAUCUGUCAACAACUUAAUUUGACCCCAACAAUUUGGGAUUUAGAUACUAAUGAUUGGAUGUCUCAAGCUUAUAAAAAUUUUCAACUUGAUUCGAUACCAAAUAACUUCUCUGAGUGGGUAAGCGAUCCGAACCUUAUGAAUAAAGGUCAUAUAUCUCUUCAACAUGAUUUAUUUAAUCAAACUGUAAAUCUAGUUCCUCUCGUCGUUCCAAUUAUUAAAAAAGCCAAUUAUAAUAUUAAACCUAUUUCAACUUGUAUUGGUGAUAAUAAACCUUAUUUGGAAAAUAUUGUUUUAGAAUCAUCUAAUUCAAUUAAUUAUCCAAAUAUUCAAAAUGAUAAUACAAAUAAUUCUACAUCAAAUAAAAGUUCCUCUCCAAAUGCAUCUAAUUCUACCAAAUUAUUCAUUG